CUGGCUUGAUCCCAGGACGCUGGGAUCAUGAUCUGAGCUGAAGGCAGACGCUUAAUGGACUGAGCCACCCAGGUGCCCAGGAAAGGUUUUCACCACGGGCAGACAAGUUAAAUAACUUGCCCAGGAUUUCACAGCUAGGAAGUGACAAAGCUGUGAUUUGAUUCUGACUCCACAGGAUGGGAUCCGUGGGUGGCCGGGCUGGGGUGACUGGGAGAGACUCAAGUCUCUCUGGGAAUGAAAACAGGUGAGCAAGAUAUCAAGAUUUCCUGUAAAGUAGGCAGAGAACAAAAACGUGGGUAAUAUACUCCUUAACUACAGCUUCAAAAGCUUCUAUGGCAAGAAAUGGCGCAUAGCUAUUUAUCUCCUUUGAUUCUUGGAUCCUGUCAGCAGAUUGUCCCGCUUUGAAGUUUCCUUGGAAACCGCCCCCACCCCCAUUGUCUUAAUACACGUGAGGAAACAAAACCUAGGAAGCCCCCCAGCAAAUCUGAAGUCUGGUCCGUGAAGGGGCUUGGAAAAGCCCUGACAUCUAUUGCACUGCCCGCCGUGUUCCUAACGGACUGGGGAUCCACCGCAGUAUCGAACCGCGCCGGGGCUGGCGCUCAGACCGACCCAGGUGGAGCGCAUCCCGGUCUCCGCGCAGGGAGCCGCCGGGAGCCGGCACACCCCGCUUGACAGCACGCCCGCCCCAACCGCGAGGCCCCCGCGUGGGCGGCUCCCACCGCCUGCCUGCUCCCUAGGCGGUAACGAGGCUGAGGCGGGAUGGAGGGGCGAGUGUGACUUCGGGAAAGAGCCCUGGAAGCCGGGCGGAGUUGUCUCCCGCCGUGGGAGCGGGCGGGUGCCGAGCGCCAGAAAGCCCGCGGGCGAGCGGGCGAGCGCGCGCGGGGACAGAGCCUCGCAAGCCCCGCGGAGUUGCAUUCCCUCAGGGGCAGCCGGCCGGGCGGGAGCGACCGCCGAGCUGGCGGAGCGGGCGCGCGCCACCGCCGAAGCCGGAGCCGGGGCAGGGGCGGGAGCCGCCGGGGCGAGCCGCAGCGCCGCGCAGAGCCCGGCAAGGGCGGCCAGCAGCCCCGAGCGCAGCCGCGCGCCCUCCCCUCCCUCCCGGCGGACGUCGGCGCGGCGCGGCGCGGGCUGGGGCGCCGGGGCUCGUGCAGGAUGGGCCCGCGCGGGGUGCUGCUCUGCCUGCUCCCCUUGGUGCGAGCUGCCGGGCGCCCCGAGGGCCGGGCCGCCGGGCCGGGCCUGGAGGCGGCCCUGGCCGUGUCCAACGCCUCGCACUUUUUCUGGAGCAACUACACCUUCUCCGACUGGCAGAACUUUGUGGGCCGGAGGCGCUACGGGGCCGAGUCCCAGAACCCCACGGUGAAAGCCCUGCUCAUCGUGGCUUACUCCUUCAUCAUCGUCUUCUCGCUCUUCGGCAACGUCCUGGUCUGUCAUGUCAUCUUCAAGAACCAGCGAAUGCACUCGGCCACCAGCCUCUUCAUCGUCAACCUGGCGGUCGCCGACAUCAUGAUCACACUGCUCAACACGCCCUUCACCUUGGUCCGCUUUGUGAACAGCACAUGGGUGUUCGGGAAGGGCAUGUGCCAUGUCAGCCGCUUUGCCCAGUACUGCUCGCUGCACGUCUCAGCACUGACGCUGACAGCCAUUGCUGUUGACCGCCACCAGGUCAUCAUGCAUCCGUUAAAACCCCGGAUCUCCAUCACGAAAGGCGUUAUCUACAUCACAGUUAUCUGGACCAUGGCCACGUUCUUUUCGCUCCCACACGCCAUCUGCCAGAAAUUAUUUACCUUCAAGUACAGUGAGGACAUUGUCCGCUCCCUGUGCCUGCCAGACUUCCCUGAGCCAGCUGACCUCUUCUGGAAGUACCUGGAUUUGGCCACCUUCAUCCUGCUUUACAUCCUCCCCCUCCUCAUCAUCUCCGUGGCCUACGCCCGAGUGGCCAAGAAGCUGUGGUUGUGCAACACAAUCGGGGAUGUGACCACAGAACAGUACCUGGCCCUACGGCGUAAGAAGAAGAAGACCAUCAAGAUGCUGAUGCUGGUGGUGGUCCUCUUUGCCCUCUGCUGGUUCCCCCUCAACUGCUAUGUCCUCCUCCUGUCCAGCAAGGUCAUCCACACCAACAAUGCCCUCUACUUCGCCUUCCACUGGUUUGCCAUGAGCAGCACUUGCUACAACCCCUUCAUCUACUGCUGGCUCAACGAGAACUUCAGGGUCGAGCUGAAGGCAUUACUGAGCAUGUGCCAAAGGCUGCCCAAGCCCCAGGAGGGAAGGCCACCCUCCCCAGUUCCUUCCUUCAGGGUGGCCUGGACAGAGAAGAGCAAUGGCCGGAGGGGUCCACUAGCCAACAACCUCCUGUCCUCCUCCCAACUCCAGUCUGGGAAGACAGACCUGUCUUCUGUGGAGCCCAUUGUGGCAGUGAGUUAGACGGGGGUCUGGGGUUGGGCGGUGAGAGGCAGGGGGAGGGCUGUCUCCAGCCGAGGUUGGGAAAGGGCCUGAGGACAGAACCUGGAAAAAAGCCUGUCCUCUCACACAUGACCUUCACAGUGCUUGAAACAAGGUCCUACAGAAGCCAUGGGACCCGUGAUUUCCUAGGAAAUGCUGUCUAGCCUCCUACCCCAUUUGAUGUGAAAACUAAAAGACAACUACCAAUUAGACACAUGUUUAUGAAUUCCUGUCUAAGAAAUGCUGCGAGGCAUAUCACCCUGGUUCCCUGAGCCAGAGAAACCAGGACAGCUUCAGCCCACAUGAGGGCUGAGUCAGCCCUCUGCCUAACAACCCUCCCUGCCACCAAACAUUCAUAAAGGACACCUGAGUCAUCCUGGGGAUGUGGCUGACCCAGAUGCGCCAAACUCCACUUGAACAAGAUUCAUUGGCCAGUGAAAGGUGAGUGAGCCACAGCUGACACGGAGGGGGUUUUUUUGCCUCACUUUCUGAUGUCCUGGGCCAGGAUGAAUCACAACAGUGUGGCGGCUGGCUGGAUAGAUGACAAGAAAGGACCAAUUCAAUUCCCUUAAAACAAAGAGGAAUUAUUGAGUUCUCUUAAAGAAGAAUUAUUAUUAAAACUUGGGAAAAUUUAGAAAAGCACAAAGAAGAAAACAAAAUCACCCCCUUCUGUCACCAAUGGUGAUGAGUUUUGUUAAUACACUGUGGAUUUAUUUGCAACUUUUUCCUUUGCGUGCGUGUGUGUGCACACUCUUCCUUCCAUUCUGAAUUACACUUUUCCACGUAGAGAUAAGCAAGAAACAGGGCAUAACAAGAACUUCUGAGCACUUCUCCCAAGAGUAGUGUACACCGAAGAGUUGAAAGAAGAGGUGGGAGAGGAACCCAAGGAGAAGGCUGUCAUGGAGCCAACAGACUGCCCUCAUCUCAUAACCAGUGGUAGGAAAGGUCUGGAUGAAGUACCUUUUCUCCGAUGGCAGCCAUCGUGAUGAGCCGGGGAACAAAACUCAUCCAGGAGGCAUAAUUCCUUCUCUCCUGCACUCACAUGGAACAAGUGCUGGUAAAAUGUUGCCUUGCCUUUACAGGAGAUGAUGGAGCAGGCUCUCCAACAUGCGGGAAAUAAUUGCACUUAGACACUUCAAAUCCUCCCAAGCUGUCUAGACAGGCCACUUCUCUGUAUUGUCUGAAUAAUAAGGCUUCUUCAUGCCAGUUCCCCAAAGACGACUUACUUGUCAACAUCACCCAGCUCACAUGUCACCUUCAGAAACCUGUGACAUCAUCAUAGUCCUUAAGGACUCAACAUGCCAGAGAAAUCUCAUUCCAGAGACUGUUUUCAUCACCUUCCGUCUGGUCCUGGGUGACUCACUGUGUCACCCAGGAGACAUAGGCAGAAUAGAACUUAAUUCACCCACCCUAAACAAUUGCCAAUCUCACACUGGUUUUGGGUUUCUUUCUAGCACCAGAUAGAUCUUGAAAGCAAACAUGGAUAUGGAGCUGAAUGGAAGACUGAGGUUUGGGGAGAAGGGCUUUGUCCAAGGUUCACUUAGAUCUCUUGACUAUUCAUUGAAACUGAACUUGGUCAUAUCAUCUGCUUUCCUAUAAUGAACCAUGGGGGUUCAUUAUCCUAUUCUCUCUAUUUAUGAGAAUGUUUGAAAUGUUUGACUUUCAUGGGACAGAGAGGCUUCUAAGCCCAUAGGGAUCCCAAGUGGAUUUUUCAGGCCAAAUGGCUUCCAGGCCUGUGCCUACUGUCUCUGCGGUGUCAAGAAGUAGCUAAUUGUUUCAUCUUAAUGCUGCCAUGGAAAUUCUUUGAACCAGACACAGAACAGACAGGAGGACUACAAAUAAUUUGUCCUGCUCUGGAAUCAUGGGAAAAGUGAAGCUUUUCCUUGUUGAGGACAUCUAGAAAUACUACCAAGUCAGAGGAGACCCUUCUCUGCAGGGGAAGACCCACAGAAGGCCCAUUAAGUCUAGGUCUCCUGUCAGUACCUUGUCUUCCCCAUUCCCCUUGUUCUCUGUGUGCCUCAGAGCCAAAAGCAAUUUGUAUUUGUGAAUGUGAAAGUUAUUAAACUUGAGUCUUUCCAGUGUGUCAUAAUGAGUACUCUACUAUCAAUGCUCCAGUCUCAAUAAAAUAUAUUUUGGAUGCAUGGACUAUGCUUCUUGGACUUCUGAUUAAACCACAGUUGUAGCCUUUAAAAUGGGGGUCCAUGUGGAUCACAAAGAGAACAUGAAGACCAUCUGUCCACACCCCUGCGUGUUACAACUGAGGAAGCGCAAACAUGCUUUGGCUAGGGUAAAUGGCCAGCUGGAAAGCUCUGAUCUCAGUCUAGUUCUUCUUCCAUUGAGCUGGCUGCCAUGUCCCCUCUUUUGUGAGGACCCAGGACUCUACCUGUGAGUCCUUGGUGAUUUGGGAGGAGACAGAGCUGCCACUGGAGCCUCGGGAUUGGAUUCCCCACCCACAGUGUGCAAUGGAUGCCACAUUCCCACAUUGGCCAGGAUUUCUGCCCCUUUGGGCCUGGGCUCCCCUUGUCCUACCAGGUAAGCUGGGUAGGG